AUGUCCGCUCCACAGAAGUCCUCCAGAUGGGGGUUCUUUCUGUCACAGGCCGUCGCCGGUGUCGAAGCCCGCCUCGACAACAUCCUCGCCGAAGACGAUCCCGCGAGACGGAACAAUAACAGUGCCACCACCCGCGACGCGACUUCGCCGCCGCCACCGCCCCAGUCUCAGGCACCACACCCCUCACGGCCAAGCACGCCUUCCAAAUCUACGAACGACAGGUUACAGGAGAGGUUGGCGAGAGCCGUUGCUGCAAAAAACGCUGCCCAGCGCGCCGAAGCCUCGUCCGCCAGACCAAGCACCGAAACCCCCACAGGAGCGCCCAGUCCACGCCCGAGCUCCGAUGGUCCUCCCGCUGUGGACGCUGCGCCCAAGUCGCAAGCCGCUUCUACCAGGGUGAGCCUCUCGGCCGAUCGAGAAUCGGCCCCGUCGCCUGCUCCUCUCACGGCUGUUCAACCAGACCAGCCAGAGCCCUUGGCAACGCCUGUCAAUGGCCAACUCUCCUCGGGAGAGAGCCCUCGGUCUUCGUUCCAGCGGGAACAGCCCCUCGAGGACGAAAAGGUCGCCGCGCCGUCCAUCUCCGCUACUGAAGCACAAACUCCGGUCCCAACAUCUGAGCCGGGAACAACGUCCUCUACGUCUGACCUAUACGAGCAGCGCAUCGCAGGUCUGGAGAAAUCCCUGGAGGACACCCAGGCACAACACCAAGAAGAGCUACACGGACAUGUCGAACGCGUAGAUGCCCUUCAGGCGAAGCUACAGUAUUUGGCUCGGGAAGCGUCUCAAGCGGCGAGAAAUGCUGCCGCAAGCGCCCCUGCCGGCGGUAUGGAGAAGAAGGUGGCCGAAAAGGACGAGCAGAUCGCCCAGCUGAUGGAGGAAGGCCAAAAGCUGGCCACGACAGAACAGAAACAUCGCAGCAUAAUCAAGAAGCUAAGAAAUCAGCUUGCACUGAGUGAAAAGGAAUCAAACGAGCAAAAGAUAUGGCGUCAGAAGGCCGAGAACGAGAUGGGCAGUCUACGAAAGCGAGUCAGCCAGCUCAACGAGCUCGACAAGUCGAACGAAGAGGCGCAAAAAGUGACGAGUCAGCUCAGAAGGGACCUAGACAGGUUGAGGUCUGAGGGAGCUUCAAAGGACAGCGUCAUAUCGGAGCUCAAGGUCCAGCUCCAGGAGGAAUCAGAUCAGGCCAGGUCCCUGGCGGCCAAGGUGAACGACCAGCUCCGGGAAGCAGGGCAACAGCGCGUCAAAGAACUGGAAGAUUCUGUGGCAGCGCUGGAAGUAGAGAAAGGCCUGAUGGCCGACCGUGCCAAGCUCCAGGCAACGGAGCUCCGAGAAAAGGCGGAUAGGGCGUCGGAGCGCGCCCGUGCCGUCGAAUUAGAACUGAAGGGAGAAGUACAGGUAUUGGAGAGCAAGUUAGAGACCUUGCGGGCCAGAGCCGAAGAGGCUUCGUCCGGCGCCGCGGGAGACGCCCAGGCCAAACUUCUUCGGCAGAUUGAGACGCUUCAGACACAGUAUUCCAUUGCAAGCGACAACUGGCAAGGUAUCGAGGCAUCCUUGGUUGCCAGGGCCACGAGUUUGGAAAGGGAAAGAGACGAGGCGUUGCGUCGAGAGUCCGAGAUGAGGAGGAAGGCCAGGGAGACGGCUACUCGAGCCAAGCGGCAGGAGGAAGAGCUAGAAGAGGCCAAAACACAGCUACCGAGUGUUCGACGAGAUCUGUCGUCCUACCAAUCGCAGUUUGAGUCCCUCCGCCGGCGGGCUGAGGAAGCCGAGGCCGCCUUGGUAGAGGCCCGGGCCACCUUCGAAAAACAGCGGGCGGCCUGGAAGGAGGAAAAGGCCGAGAGAACAGAUCACGACAGAAGGAACUGGUUGGACGACAUUCCUAACGCGCCCUUCCGGAACAACAGCCGACCAGAGUCCCCUUUGCUAUCGGCACCGCAGCGAACCUAUAGUGGUGACAAUUUCCUUGGAUUGCAGAGCUACUCGACAAGACUUCGCAAGACUUCGGCACCCUCUAGUAAUGGCGAGCCGAGUCCAGGCGAGAGACCCUCGUCGGCGAGGCGCCCCUCAGCACAGCCCCCGCUACGAUCACCCAUGUUCCCAACUCCCUUCACCCAGACGGGGACACCUCCAUCCCUGGCCGGUGGUCUGGACACCCUGGCCUCGCCGUCGACACAUCCCAUGGACAGAGACGACGUCUUUGAAGGGAUGGAAAGGUCGGCGUCACCGCAAAACAUCUUGCAGGACAUGGUCUCAGUUUCGACCAUGACUGCCGGCCCGUCGGUGCAGCUCGUGGAGAGAAUGAGCGCCGCCAUUCGCCGAUUGGAAAGUGAAAAGCUGGCGGCCAAAGAGGAGCUCGCCAGGAUAUCGAGUCAGCGCGAUGAGGCCCGUGGGGAGAUUGUGACACUGAUCAAGGAGGUCGAGACGGGCAAGUCGGCGGCGAACCGGGUCGAGAAUCUCGAGAAAGAGGUGACAGCAAUCAACGAGAGAUACCAGACGACACUGGAGAUGUUGGGGGAGAAGAGCGAGCUGGUGGAAGAGCUACGCGCCGACGUCGACGACGUGAAGGCCAUGUACAGGGACCUGGUGGAACGGACGAUCAAAUGA